GACUAGUAGCUUUUGGCUUUCUGUUGUUAGCGCCAAAGCACAAAGCAGGCACACAAACAAUUCUAUCUUUCUGUCUCUCUCAGCGGUUAUAGGUUUGCGAUUCUUCGUUUUCAUCACCGAAUCAACGGAGAAUUGGACGAUCUCAGUUCCAAUAUCUUCUUCUCAGAUCCACCCAAACAAGGAGAAAUCUCUAUCUGAUCUUCCUACUUCAUCUUACCAGAUUUCGUUUCUCUAUCCAUCCAGGAAACAAUUUAACCAGAAACAGCUUCUAUGGGAACAGAGGAGAUUAAGAAGGAUAUGGAUGUGAGCGAGUGGUUUUCACAGCUGACCUAUGACCAGUGGAUAGCAAUACCUGCUUCUGGUGCACGACCUUCAGCUCGCUAUAAGCAUGCUGCAGCAGUUGCUGAUGAAAAGCUGUACAUCUCUGGUGGGAGUCGCAAUGGUCGGUACCUAUCUGAUGUUCAGGUAUUUGAUUUUAGAAGUUCAGCAUGGUCUAGUCUAAAACUCAAAUCUGAGCGGAAAGCUGAUAAAGCUGAAGAUAACUCUCAGGAAGUUCUUCCAGCCACCUCAGAUCACAGUAUGGUUAAGUGGGGAAACAAACUACUACUUCUUGGUGGGCAUUCCAAGAAAUCUUCUGAUAGUAUGACAGUGCGGUUCAUUGAUCUGGAAACACACCUCUGUGGUGUCAUUGAAACAUCAGGAAAUGCUCCGGUAGCUCGAGGGGGCCAUUCUGCUACUUUGGUUGGUUCUAGGCUGAUAAUUUUUGGUGGAGAAAAUAGUAGCAGGAGAUUGCUUAAUGAUCUUUAUGCUCUUGAUUUGGAAAAAAUGACUUGGGAUGUAUUAGAGACAACGCAGACACCUCCAGCUCCCAGAUUUGAUCACACAGCCACGCUACAUGCAGGAUGCUACCUUUUAAUAUUUGGUGGUUGUUCUCAUUCCAUCUUUUUCAAUGAUCUCCAUGUACUAGACUUGCAAACUAUGGAGUGGUCCCAACCAGAAAUUCAAGGUCAUUUGGUAGCCCCUAGGGCUGGUCAUGCCGGUAUAGCCAUUGAUGAAAACUGGUAUAUUGUUGGUGGUGGAGAUAACAAAAAUGGAUGCCCAGAAACCCUUGUAUUGAAUAUGUCUAAGCUAGCAUGGUCAGCGUUGACAAGUGUAAACGGAAGGGAUCCUCUUGCUAGUGAGGGACUCAGUGUUUGCUCAACAUUAAUUGAUGGAGAGAAGCAUUUGGUUGCCUUUGGUGGCUAUAACGGGAAAUAUAACAAUGAGGUUUUUGUUAUGAGACUCAAACCAAGAGACAUGCUCCGCCCCAAGAUUUUUCAAUCACCAGCGGCAGCUGCAGCAGCAGCUUCUGUUACUGCUGCAUAUGCCUUGGCCAAAUCUGAAAAGUUGGAUUUCUCCAACAUGAAUUUCAACUCGAGAGGCGUUGAAAGCAGUCCUUCUGAGCAAGAUUUAACAAUUGAAAUUGAUGCAAUUAAAGAAGACAAAAAGGUGUUGGAACUGUCACUUGCAGAAGUGAGAGCAGAAAAUUCUCGGCUCAGGGAAAAGAUCGAUGAAGUUAACAGUACUCAUUCGGAAUUGUCCAAGGAACUUCAUUCUGUCCAAGGUCAACUGGUAGCUGAGAGAUCAAGAUGCUUUAAACUGGAGGCACAAAUAGCUGAAUUACAGAAGAUGCUAGAAUCACUGCAGUCCAUAGAGAAUGAAGUACAAAUACUUAGGAGACAGAAGUCUGCUAUUGAGCGGGAGAUAGAGCUUAAUGCAUCUGCACAGAGACAAGGUUCUGGGGGUGUCUGGCGGUGGUUAGCUGGGUAAAUCUACAACCCAUGAAAGAUGUGAGGUCAGUGCCUCAAAAUUGUGCAAAAGAUUAAGCCAGACAGUACGUACCUCUGUGAAACUAACCCUGUGGCCUUUUAUACGUGCCUAUAUAGGUAGGCACUUCUUUGUUGCUAUAUUUGACAGUGGUUUUGGAGAUUGUUAGGAGAUGAGUGUAUGAUGAAUAAAAGGAAUGUAGUUCGAAAUGUCAGAUAGUUUUUUUUUUUUUUUCCUUCUCCAUUGAAUUUGUAUUUUUUUGGGUCGUAUCUCGACUAUGGAUUUUGGUUUUCUCAUGCACCAUAGACCAGCUAUUUUUUGUUUCGUUCAUUGAACAAGUUAAUUACAUUUCGAAUGAUUUUUUUGAUGGUGAUCAAAUUGGAUUUUAUUAUAUAA